GACUUCGUGGUUUGGGGGUUUUUGGAAGAGGAAGGUUAUUGAAGAAUCGCUCUUUGUAUCUCUGCAUCCUUUUGUUAUUCUCCUCCGAUGGGCUACAAUCGGACGCGCCGUUCCAAGCAGGACGGUCCUUCCCGCCGAACGCUGUCCAGCCGGAAACUCGAGUCGCAGUUGGAUGACAGUCGCGAUACCUCACUACCAAUCCAGGAAGAGGACAAUAAUGUUGGGACGCUGGCUCCAAGAAUUCAGCUUGCUAUGUGGGAUUUUGGCCAAUGUGACGUACGAAAAUGUACUGGGCGCAAGCUUGUCAGAUUUGGCCUCUUGAAGGAUUUGCGGGUGAAUAAUGCUUUUCGUGGCAUUGUAUUGAGCCCUGUAGGGACGCAGUGUGUCUCAAAGGAAGACCAUCCGUUGAUUAAGCGACAAGGAUUGGCUGUGGUGGACUGUUCGUGGGCAAGAUUGAAAGAUGUUCCUUUUGUGAAACUUCAUUGUCCCGCACCACGCCUUUUGCCAUGGUUAGUCGCGGCAAACCCGAUAAAUUAUGGCCGCCCCUGUGAAUUAUCCUGUGUGGAAGCUCUUGCCGCAGCUUUGAUAAUAUGUGGUGAAGAAGAGACGGCAAAUUUGAUUAUAGGCAAGUUCAAAUGGGGGCAUUCAUUCCUAUCUCUCAACAGAGAGCUUCUGAAGGCAUAUUCCAAAUGUGAGAAUGGCGCCGAGAUUAUAUCAGUUCAGAAUACCUGGCUUUUAAACAACUCAAAAACCAACAAGUCAACUACAGGGGCUAAUGAUAAGUCUACCAACACCAACACAAACACAAACACAAACACAGGAUCUGAUUCAGAUGCUGAUGAUGGGCUUCCACCCCUGGAAGAGAAUUUGAACCACUUGAUUUUGGAAGAUUCUGAAGAUUGUGAAGAAGAGAGAGAUGAAACGGAAGAAGAAGAUGAGGAAGAAUCGGAAGGGGCCGUUCCAACUAGUUUAGAGCCAAACAUGCAUUCUACGUCGGCAGUGAAUUAAAAUAUGGGGAGGGAGAUACUUCCCUCUGCUGCAUUGAUGGGAUGUUUAUUUAUUAGUUUUUUUAGUGUGCCAAGUUUUUGCAGAUGUUCUCAUACAUUGAUACAAAUCUCAGCUGAUCACCUGGUCUAACAAGAGCUAAUAUUUGUGUAAUUGUUCAAGGUUCAAAGUGGUAGGACUAAAUAUUUAUUUAUGGCCUGUUUGAGAUGGAUUAAA